AUGGACUCUGUCGAUGAAGUUGUCGCGGUGGCGCCGCCGCCGCCGCCGAGCUACGAUAAUGAAUUACAAGACGUCGUCGUCUCUCCACCGGCCAUCGCCAAAGGCAAGCGCACCAAGAGGCAGAGGCUGCCUCUUCCGACGUUAAUCACCACCACAACAUGCACCACCAACAUUAACCGCCUCAGCCCCAGCUUCUCCUCCGCCGCCGCCACCUCGUCGGAGGAGAGCACCACGACGGAGGAGGAGGACACCGCCAGAUGCUUGAUCCUCCUGGCCCGAGGCGGCGGCGGCCAUUUCCAAACACGCCCGCUGGACAAGGCCGACGGCGACGAUGAAGAUGGUGAUCGACAUGAUUAUAUUUUCAAACAAAACAGCAGCCGCAAGAGACGGGCGGCGGAAACAAACGCCGCCGGUUACAAGGGCGGCGGCGCGUGCAUGUACGCGUGCAAGACGUGCGGCAGGGUUUUCCCUUCGUUCCAGGCACUCGGCGGCCAUAGGGCCAGCCACAAGAAGCCCAGAAACGAGAAAAGAACAGUUAUAUUUUUCUCCGACGAAGAAUUUCUUCACAAAUCCCAGAAAAGAUUAACGCCACCACCACCCACCUCUCUCUCUCUUCAAUUGAGCAACCUUUCCGCCGCCGCCGCGCCGAGAAGUACGUUUCCUUCACCGAAAAUCCACGUGUGCUCCUAUUGCGGGGCGGAUUUCUCUUCCGGCCAGGCCCUCGGAGGACACAUGAGGCGGCACCGCCCAAUAUUGACUCUGUCGCCGUCGAAUAUAGUAGCAGCCCGAGCCCGUGGCGGGGCGUCCGUUGAUGAGCCCGAGCCCGAGCCCGAACCCGAGGAAUGGAUGAAGGGCAGAAAUGGGCUCACGUUGGAUCUGAAUCUUCCGGCACCGGACGAUGAGAAUCAGAGGCGAAAGGAAGGCGGCGCGCCGGAGAAGUUGGUAUUAACCACCGGCCAACACGGCUGUGGUUGACUGCCAUUAUUAAAUUGUGAAGAAGGUUCAAUUAUUUUUUUAACACGUUGAUUCUU